AUGAAGGGGCUCUUUUCGCCUCGCCGCGGCAAUGGGGCUCCCACCAAUCCUUCGCCUGCACCGGCGCCCAAGAAAGAUGCACAAACGCCGCAGAUCUCGCCCCUGGAAAAGCGACUGCAAGACAUGGGCCCGCUUCGGGGCGACGGCAGUGACAAGUUCUUUGGUAUGGAGAAUUAUGGAAACACGUGCUACUGUAACUCCAUCCUCCAAUGUCUGUACUACUCCGUUCCCUUUCGGGAGGCCGUCAUCAAUUACCCGCAGCGCACCCCGGUCGAGCGCCUCGAGGCCGCCUUGGCCUCGAACUUCACCUACCAGAACCCCAAUGCGCAUCUAGAAGCCGAGGCGCUGGCAGCCAAGCAGAAGGCUACGGCAUCCGCAUCGUCGGCACGCCAAGCGGGCGUGGCUCCCAAUCAACCGCAGAAACCGGAAGACAAAGACUCACCCGAGUACAAGAAAAAGGUCGCGCUGCAGACGCUGCCGCUCAUGGACACCAAGAGCAACGCCGACAGCUAUGGCAUGUCCGAGUCCCUUUUCACUUCGCUCAAGGACAUCUUCGAGUCGCUGGUGGCCAGCCAGUCUCGCAUCGGAGUUGUCCGACCCCAGCAAUUCUUGGACGUCUUGCGUCGUGAGCACGAGAUGUUCCGCACGGCCAUGCAUCAGGAUGCCCAUGAGUUUUUGAAUCUGCUGCUGAAUGAGGUGGUGUCCAAUGUCGAGGCCGAGGCAACGAAACAGUCCUUCGGCGAAAAGGCUAUUACCCCGCCGCCAUCGGAGAGUGCCGAGUCGCUCGGGACGGUCACCAAUAGCAGCGGCUCCAAGUCCCCCAACACCACGAGAUGGGUGCACGAGCUCUUUGAGGGAACUCUGACCUCCGAGACCAAAUGCUUGACUUGUGAAAAGGUCUCGCAGCGGGACGAGGUGUUCUUAGACCUGUCCGUCGACCUGGAGCAGCACUCUUCCGUCACGGCCUGUCUGCGAAAAUUCUCGGCCGAAGAGAUGCUCUGUGAGCGAAACAAGUUCCAUUGCGACAACUGCGGUGGUCUGCAGGAGGCCGAGAAGCGGAUGAAGAUUAAGCGUCUUCCGCGGGUCUUGGCCCUUCACCUGAAACGCUUCAAAUACACAGAGGAUCUACAGCGACUACAGAAGCUCUUCCACCGAGUGGUGUACCCUUACCAUCUCCGUCUGUUCAACACGACCGAUGACGCAGAGGAUCCGGAUCGGCUGUACGAGCUCUACGCAGUGGUCGUCCACAUUGGCGGCGGGCCCUAUCAUGGCCACUACGUGGCGAUCAUCAAGACCGAGGAUCGCGGUUGGUUGCUGUUUGACGACGAAUUGGUCGAGCCGGUGGACAAGAACUACGUUCGCAACUUUUUCGGUGAUAAGCCCGGCCUCGCUUGUGCCUAUGUGCUCUUCUAUCAGGAAACAACGAUGGAGGCGGUGAUGCGUGAACAGGCGCAAGAGGAUGCGGCCACCGGUGCAGCGGCGGCCGCCGCCGCGGCCGCUGCCACAGAGACUGGUGAUCUAGGCAAGACCAACGGAUACCUGGCGUCGCCCAACAAUUUGAUGCAAGUCCACAGUGCGAGCUAUGUCCCCUCCGAAGAACCCCACCGGUUCUUCCCAAUCAGCAAGACGACAACGGCACCACAGCUCGAGCCUCACUAUGAGCAGGCCGAGUCGGACGCCCCUCUACCAUCACCGCCACCAUCACAGCAACACCAUCACCACACCCUACCUACGCUGCCUCAGGCCCAGACGCCUUUGGCCCCAGUUCCCGAUGAACGAGCCCCGAUAUUGAGUGCUAAAAAGAGCGACGUGCAGUCGAAAAAGGAAAGGGCCCGGGAGGAGAAAGAGCGUCGGGCCGCAGAGAAGGAGCGUGAGAAGAACGAAAAGGCUCGACGCAAGGAGAUGCUAUUCCAGCAUCAACUCGACGCCAAGCGUGAAGCCGAGGAAUUGCGUCGAGCUAUUGAGGCCAGCAAGGCGGACGCACCGGCUGAUCAAGGCGAGAAUGGGUCUCCUCGCAAAUCGUCCAGCUUCAAUUUCCUCCGGCGUAGUAGCCGUAGUCUGAGCCACCGUCUGAGCAAGGACAAGGAGUCUCGUGGAUCUAUCUCGGAUCUCGCGCCUCUGACCGUUCCGGAGACCCCCAUCAAAGAGGAGGCCGUGACCACCGAUUCAGAAUCAUUCUCGCCCAGGGAUCCAUUUUCGCCUAAAGAUGGGUCCUAUCUAUCUCACUCGUCGUUGGCUCCCAAUGGCACGAUGGCGCCGCCAACCAUCAAGGAAGUGAAAGAGAUCCGAAACGGGAAGUCCGGCCAUUCGCAUCGAUGGCGGUCACUCAGUUUCAGGAAGGCGUCAUGA